AUGGGCCGAAGAUCUAAACCUGACUCGAAGCACCAUGAGCCGGCUCAGGGACAAGCCGCACAGCCGUCGCCCAUGGGCUCGGCCAUGUCUUAUUCUCCAAUGUCGUACUCCCAAAUGCCUAGCUCGCCGAUGCAGUAUAAUUCCAUGAUGCAAACACCGCUAUAUCCGCCACCCUCAGCCCCAGCCGGCCUCGUUGAUUAUUCACAAGAGCUUUGGAAGAUGCCAGAGAUUACCCCAAGUUGGGGUGGCGCGAGUAUGCAACCAGUUCAACCUUACCUGAAUCAGUCAGUGCCUGCGGAAAUGCCAACAGAGCCAUGGAGACCCCAGCAAUAUUCUCCGACAUACUGCAUAACCUGCGAAAAGCAAUUUGUGCCCAACUCUGUGUCGCUGCUCUACUGUUCUAGAUGUUGCCAGGGCCUUGGUCAGGGAAUCCAAGUACGCAAGACCCAGUCCUCAUCCUCGGAGAUCCCCAGUUUUUCAACCGCCGCUCCAGGAGCCAAUGCCGACACAUCCCCAAACGCUUCAUCAAACUCGGCCCUUGAAUCUCACAAUACCCACCCACCGAGUUCUCCUUCAGCUGUCCACUCACGCAGGCUCGAAAACAUUCGGAGACUUGCGCCUUGGGGACCUGAAUCAACUCCUACCAGGAUGCCCGAAGACCCUCUUGAUACAAAUUAUGUUUUACCUACGACAAAAGAUCACCAAUUUGGAUUUCAACCGGAUGAUAGAAAAGAGCCCAAGGCUACCAAGAAAUUGGAAGGAGAUAAACAGAAAGAAUCCCACGGGUCUCGUCCUUCUCUCAAGGCUCAACUGUCUCAUCGGUUUGAAAAAUUUGGGUCAACACAGAUGCGACCGCCCUCCCACGAUGACUCUGACGCAGACACCACUUGUUCUGUCGAUUCUGCCUGGGAUGGCUCAAUGGAGCCAAGCAAGCAACAUUUUGUCCAACAGCUUGUCCAGGAUGUCAAGAGCCAUCUUGGCAGCACAUGCAGCAAGAGUAUGGCUGUAGACUACCUUAGUAACGCAGUGAAGGAGUUUGCAUGUAGACUGCAAGACGAGUCCUUAAGCGCUUGCGGGUUGGAGGCAGGGGCCAUAAUAAAACGACACAGAGAACAGAUCGUCCAACUGCUAGUCUCCGCUCCAUCCGAGAUAGCAUCCAGCCGGACGGACCAAGAGUUACUAGGUGACGAUGGGUUGCCAGGCCCCAAACAAUCCAGCAAGCCCAGCGAUGCGAUCCUUGAUUGGGUGAGUGGCGUUCAGCCGGAAUCUACCACGGAAAUGUCGCCAUCAGCCCAAUACAUGGAGCCUGUUCAACAGUCGGAUGCAUAUCGCUGGCUGUUAACCAAGAUCCUUCAGCAUGAUCGAUUGUCCUUUGGAGAUGAAUAUGGUGCAGCACGAAUCGGAAAAACCAUUCGGAGAGAGUUGCGGGUUCGAGGAUACCCCCUGAAAAGCAGAGUGUGGUUGCGGCCCUCCAUGGUGACCAUGAUAUUCAACCUCAAUUGGAACCCUGUUCGCUUCUUCCGUAACUUGCGCACCAAUAUCCCUUACAAAGAGGCUCUUCCCAAAAUACUAUGCUUGGUCGGUUCAUGGGAUGAGGCACAGGCUUUGACAGUGGCGGAUUACAUGAAUCAAACAUGGCCUGAAUCCGGACAAUCUCUGAUCACUCUGUUACAAGAGCUAGUGUCGCUUCCUGAAGGCCAAGAGUGUUCAUAUGAGACACCACAGCCCCUUGAAGGCCAGCGUCAGCGAGGCCUCAAAAGCCUCAGUGCUAUCAUUCACCCGGAAUCAUCCUUCUCUCUGACUGCGAUUGGCGGCCUCCACUUCGUUUCCGAGAUAGGCGAGCAACUUUCUUGGUUGGCCUCAGCUUUACGGCCGUCAAUCACGCAUGGGCGGGUUAUGAGUUACAUUCCUCGUGUCCGCGACAUCCGUUUACUUCCCCAAACCAGGGAACCCGGGACAAGGAAUAGGAUUGCGUCUUGCGAGAUUAGAUUCGAGUUUGCAGGUACAGCGGAUCCGUCUCUGGAGCCCGGUCUCUGCUGGGGCAACCUAUUUUGCGGCCCAGUCUUGGUCAAAGGGUUUCCAAUCCUCAAGCGAUCUAUACCCAAGACGGGUUUGGAGAUGUCAUUGGCUGAAAUAUCCACCAUUAUCAGUUCCACUCAGGUCGUGCGAUGGGACCAAAGAAUCAUCAUGAAAGGGUUCAACAUGCUUGCCGUCGCUACUCUUGCGGCUGCUGAUAUCAUCGUCUGGCAUCUUCUUAUUAGUAGUGAAGCCGACGAAAGGAUCUCAUAUGUUGACCCUAGGCUCGAUGAGUUGGAUAGUGGGAACUUGGAGGGUAUUUCUCUUCGAAUGUUGGAAACGAAGCGUCACGUUGUCGGGUGGUGUGCAGCAGCCACAGACUUGUGCGGAGGCUCAUUGGCGAAUCAUGACGUGAAGUCAUCAGGACUCCAAAAACCACCAGGUUCAAUCGUUAUUGACAAACUAUAUCUCGAGGCCGGGGCUGACGUGGUAGGCGGUCUCAGCAUGAAGAUCAACUCCAAGGAGCAACCAUUUUGGCUCCAGCGCGGAAAGGACUACCCCAGUCUUCUCAAGUGGAUUGGAGUUCAACCCAUUGCUUUUCACGAUGUAUCAAGUCGCCGUACAUGGCUUGUUGAUGGUGCUUCUGCAUUGCUUCAUCUUGUCAGGAUAUCACUUCAUCUCGAUGAGAACGAUCCUGAUUCCACUUAUGACUGGGUAUUCGAUCCGACCCAGCUCAAGGACAAAUGGGAUGGUGUCACAGGUCGGCAAGCAGCCCUCAUGACCUUGAAGAGCUGGGACAAUCUGGACUUGAAUAUCUACAUUGUCGACAAGCGACGAGGACCAACCGGGGUGCCAGAGGUGCAGUAUGCCACUUUUGGGUCUCGCGUCAGGGAAGUACUUCACUCUAUCGAGCUCCUGAUUGAUAGGCAGUCAAAAACCGCGUCGCAGGAGGGAAUAAGGAUCUCGCAGUCUCUGGACCCCCGCCGCGAGAUUGUUGGCUUCGACGUUCUAGAUGUUGUCACUCCACUUGGCCCCAUUCUUCCUCGGGUUCAACAUCUAAAAUCAUGGGGUCACGGCUGGAUCGAUUUCAUGCCCUCGAUUGGCGUCACCACCAUCUUUGGCAACGGGUUUGGCGAUUUGAUUCGGCCUGAUCAGCCCCUGAGCUUGUGUCAAGGCUGGAAGUCUUUACCCGAAGGAAAAGACUAUAUGGCGGCUUCCAUAUCGACACUGCGGAUGUUGUAUGAAAAGCGCCUUCUGAGAAUGGACCCAGGCCUGAAAGAAGGCGAGAUGGUAAAAAAGAUUGUUUGGGCCUCUUUUAGCCACCCCUUCCGGCCCUGCAACUGCUUGACGGAGUGCAUCAAGGCGGCUGCAACAACGAAUGAUGAAACCCAGGACUGCCACGACCCAGUGCAAUUCUUUGUCAAGAAGUCAUGGCCGCGUACAGUCCCACAUGGUAUGACACCAGUGCGCUUGACGGAUCUUGAUGAAAAGGGAGCAGUGGUCUUUGGGCAUUUACCCAUGCUGUCUCGAAAGAGUGAAGGGAAAGCCACCGCCCGACAAAGAGACGAGGAUGUGGAAGCAUCUUCAUCGAGUGCCGAUGGAAGAUUGCAAGCCCCCCUCACAAACUCAGCCACAAGCGAGUCAGUUGGAUCAACUGGGAUCACAGUGCCAAGCUCGAGCAUAUCAAGCCCCAGGGAGGAACAGAAGGAGGAUAAGUCAACGGAUGGUAGUGCUAAAGGAGCAGGGGCAAAAAGAAGAAGAUGGAUAUUCUUUAGGAAAUAG